UCAUUAUCAGCGCUAAAUGGAAGCGACGCUUAGGUUUUCGUUUCCAAACGUUUCUGGCAGUUGCAGGCGAAAUUUCAUUGGUAGAAUGUCUACUAUAGGAGGAAAUCCAAUGGAUGGCGGAGCCAAAACUGUUUCUUUACGCGGCAUUCGAGCGCAGCAGUCCGAGUCUAAUGAUUUAUCUGCUAUGCUUUCUCCCAAAAGUGAUUCUGCAGUUGACGCCCUCAAAGUCAAGCAGUUGGAUGUGGGAAGUAACCAAGAUGAAAUAGCUGCCAGCCAGGGUAUCAGAAUUAGAAGGCGACCACCUAGUAGUGCCCCUUUGCACCAUUUGGGCCCAUUUGAGUUCCGGAUACAGAGUGAGGGCAACACUCCUCAAAACAUUCUGGAGGAAAUAAUAUGGAACAAGGACAUGGAAGUCUCACAAUUAAAAGAGAGAGUGCCUCUGUUGUCGCUGAAGAAAGCUAUGGCGAAUGCUCCUCCCGUUAGAGACUUUGUUGGGGCGUUGAAGGCAUUUCAUCUGCGAACUGGAUUACCAGCCUUAAUAGCUGAAGUGAAGAAGGCUUCUCCAAGCCGAGGUGUAUUAAGAGAGGAUUUUGAUCCGGUUCAAAUAGCCGAAGCUUAUGAGAAAGGUGGGGCAGCAUGCCUUAGUGUUUUGACAGAUGCGAAAUACUUCCUGGGAAGCUUUGAAAAUCUGGAGAUCAUACGCAAUGCUGGAGUAAAGUGCCCUCUUCUCUGCAAAGAAUUCAUCAUUGACGCCUGGCAAAUUUACUAUGCUCGAACAAAAGGGGCAGAUGCAGUUCUUUUGAUGGCCGCUGUGUUGCCUGAUCAUGACAUUGGGUACAUGACUAAGAUAUGCAAAAUUCUUGGGUUGGCUGCACUUGUUGAGGUGCAAAAUGAAAGAGAAAUGGAUCGUGUGUUAAGAAUUGAGGGGGUUAAACUUAUUGGCAUCAACAACCGUGACCUUGAAACAUUUGAGGUUGAUAUUAGUAAUACAAGGAAGCUUCUCGAGGGAGAAUGUGGCCAAGUGAUCCAAGAAAAGGACAUGAUUGUGGUUGCGGAAUCGGGUUUGUUUACUCCAGAUGACAUAGCUUAUGUACAGAAAACUGGAGUUAAAGCGAUUUUGGUUGGUGAGUCCAUUGUGAAACAAAGUGAUCCGAAGAGAGGAAUUAUGCAGCUGUUUGGUAAAGAUAUUUCUUCCUGAGUCGUGAGGUUUCUGUCCCCACUUUUUCUUUAUUUCUCCUUUCCAAUUUUCCUUCAAGCCUGUACAAAUGGAUUAAGUUGUUGUAUACUUUAUAGAUAAUUAUAUAGGAGAAUAGUCGAAAAGCAAACCUAAAAGCCUGCUUCUACUUAUCCUUUUCAAGUUGAAGGCAAUUAACCACUCAUGAUGAUUGAAUUCAUUA